UCAUACGCUCUGCUGUUGGCUCAGAGAUUAACUGGGAUAGAGAGGGAUUACAGUCUGCUUUCCCCAGGAACGCUUUGUUGUAAAAUCACAGACAUGUUGUCACCGGGACUGUGUACUUUGUUCUGAAACAUGACCUAAAAUAUAAGGUGAUCCUCACUGGAGAGACCUGUUUCACGAGGUCAGGGGUGAAAGAUAUUAAGGAAGUGUCCUGAGAAGGUCUGACAGAGAUGCUGUCCAGUGUGGCAGAGGAGGUGAGGCUGGCUAUCCACAGUGACAUCAGUGGGUCUGAAGUCCUGUACAGCCUUCUCAGUGCCCCCUGGCUACAGACCCUACUCAAGAUCUACGAGUGUCUGCAGAAGUUCAGAAGGCUUCCACCCAGUCCCUACCUGCCCUAUGCUUCUGGUCUCUCUCACGAGAUCCUGUCCAACAUAAGAGCAGUACCAGCUCCGUCCCCAGAGGCCAGACAGCUCUAUAGUCUACUGAAGUCCCCCCAUCUACAGGCCCUCCUCUCAGCCCAUGACAUGGUGGCCCAGACUGACUAUGAGCCAGUUCUCCCUCCGCUCCCUGAGGACCUGCCGGAAGACGAGGAGGCCAUGAGGAUCGUCUGUCUGGUCAAGAACAAACAGCCUCUGGGAGCCACGAUAAAGAGGGACGAGGAAACAGGAGAGAUAUUCAUAGCCCGGGUGAUACACGGAGGCCUUGCAGAUCGCAGUGGUCUUCUGCAUCCAGGGGAUAUGCUGGUGGAGGUGAAUGGGAACCCUGUAGAAGGACUGGACCCAGAACAGGUCAUACAGAUACUGGUCCAAUCUCAAGGCACUAUUUUGUUCAAAGUGAUUCCAAACACACCACAAUCAACUAAGACCCAACAGCCAGCCUUGCUGUAUGUGCGGGCCAUGGCAGACUACUGCCCCCUGCAGGACCCAGCCAUCCCCUGUCCUGACGCUGGCAUGGUCUUCAGUAGAGGAGACCUGCUGGAGAUAGUCGACCAGACAGACAUCCACUGGUGGCAGGCUAGGAAGCUUCCCAGUGCCUCAGCCUGCGCCGGCCUCAUCCCCUCCACCAGUCUGCUCAAGAGCAAACAGAGGGAGACAUGGUGGUCACAGCCUUUCCAGGCCCACACCUGCAUCAAGCCCUUGAGCAUAGCUGGUGAUGAGGACGACGUUAAGACCAACAGUGGGAAUGGUGCCAUAGCAGAUGAAGAAGAUUUUGAAUCUGUGUAUCCCGAAGAGGCUGAAGAAGGAGCGAUGGGUGGCAUCUACAUCUCGGGAUUCCGGCGGAGUUUCCGUCUGUGGCGGAGGAUGACCCACCGUAAGCGUCGCCAAUCCUGCUACUCCUGUUCUCCCAACACCUCGGCUCUGUCCAGCCCCUAUGAAGAGGUGGUCAGCUACCAGAGACGACCUGACGACCCGCUCAGACUGAUCAUCCUCGUAGGUCCUUCUGGUGUAGGGGUGAAUGAACUGAGGAAAAGACUGAUCAAACUCAACCCACACACCUUCCAGGGAGCUGUGCCUCACACAACGCGACCAGCCAGAGAUGGAGAGGGGACUGGAAAAGAAUAUAACUUUGUCACCAAAGAGCUGUUUGAUUACAUGGUGUGCAAGCACAGGUUCCUGGAGUACGGUGAAUAUAAAGGCCAUCUAUAUGGGACCAGUAUUGAUGCUGUCAAAGACGUGAUAGACAGUGGAAGGAUGUGUGUUAUUGACACUGAGCCACAUAGCAUCCUGUCCGUGAGGAAUAAGAACUUCAAGCCUUAUGUCAUCUUUAUAAAGCCUCCCAGUUCAGAACGACUGAGACAGACACGGAGGGAUGCACACGUCAUCACCAGCUGUGUUGUCAACAGACCUUUUAAAGAUGUUGACUUUGAGGAGAUGGAGGAUGCUGCCAGGUUCAUGGAGGGGAAGUACGGUCAGUACUUCGACCGCGUCAUAGUCAACGAGGAGCUGCAGGACGCCUGUAUGAAGCUGUUCAAUACCAUACAGCUGGCUCAGGAGGGACCACAUUGGAUACCUGCCGCAUGGCUCAGUACUGAGGACUAGAGAAAGGAGAGGGAGGAA